AUGGCGUACCCUCAGCAGCACGGGCCUCAGCGCCCCCCUCCACCUCGACAAUAUGGCAAUCGAGGUCCUCCGCAGGGCGGAUACUACGACCAAGGGAAUCAGGGUUAUGGAGGAUAUGAGGGCAACAAUGGCUAUCAAGGUGAUGGAGGCGAUUAUGGAUACGGCUACGGGAACGCGCCCGCAUAUGGUCCACAAGGAUCUCGCUCACGACCGCCACCGCGUCCCGGUUAUGGCGCACCGCCCCCAGGACGGGGAUACCCGCCCAAUGGACCGCGAGGGUAUGACAAUCGUGGUUAUGGAGGUCCCGGCGGCAGUCGUGGACCACCACCACCUAACGGUCGACCGAUGAAUCGACCUCCUCCCCAGCAGGGCCCUAGACGGGGACCUCCUCCACCACAAUCACCGGACAAGUCGUCUUGGGACAAUCCAUUUCCAGCACAUCCUCCUCCUCGCCAACGGAGAGGUUCCGAAGACACCGGCGUGACGAAGCAGAUGGCAGGACUUGACCUGCAAGAUCAAUCACCGCCUUCGCAAGUGCCUGAACGACCGCAUACUUCGCAUUCAAUGCGCUCUGACAGGUCGGGGCGAGGGUAUCCUGGGUCUGGCCGUCCUUAUAUGGACAGCUCAGCGCCGCCGCCGAUGCCAGGGCCGAAGAGGAGCGCAACGAACCCGGUUCCACCCACGUACGCAUCACAAUAUAGACCCCAGUAUCCGUGGCAGCUCACGUACCAAGAGCCAAACCCGUCAACCAAGACCUACAGUACAUAUGCCUCUCAUGAUCUUCUAAACCAUUACUUCGAGAAUGACAACGAGAAUGAGAACGAGAAUGAGAAUGAGAAUAAAAUUGAGGAAGAGGAUGAGCCUGAUAUGCCCAACUUUGAUGCCAUGCCAUCCGAAGAGAGUGGCCAUCGCAGGGGAACGAGCAUCGACAACCAUUUGAAUAACGAACCGGUAUCGACCUCACAGGCAGGAUCCAAUGGCACGUAUGCCGCAUAUAAACCGGAAUAUGCAGCUCCUCAGUCACAGCCGCCAAACCAAUUCGAGAAUGCGGGAUUCCAAUUUGAUCUCCCGCAAGAAAAUCCUGGCCCUAAUGACUCUGCUGGCAAUUCUGGUGGCUAUGCGCCUCCACGGCCGUAUCGUGCAAACCAACCAGGUGUCUAUGAGGCUGGCAAUGGAGCUGACAUGCCACCACCAGAUCAAAAUCCUGAUGCGCUUCCUGCUCAUCCUACACCUUUCCGGGCUGGGCAUGACCAGGGUUCCAAGCCUCCCCCUGUGCGUCAAUACGAUAACGGCCCGCCCGCUCCACAGGCUGAUUCUGCAGACCGUCGGCAGUCCGGGGUCGUCACCCACGAGGAGCUGCAAAGACUCCAGCAAAAGGUUCGCGACAAUCCAUCUGAUCAUGAGACGCAGCUGGUCCUGGCGAAGAAGAUGGUUGAAGCUUCGUCCGUUCUGAUCGGCGAAGAGGGUCGGGUGGACCCCAAAACGAGAAAUAAGAACCGGGAGAAAUACAUCAAUGAUGCAUACAAGAUUGUCAAGAAGCUUGUGCAUGCAGGGUAUCCGGAGGCGAUGUUCUACCUGGCGGACUGCUACGGCCAGGGCCACUUGGGACUGGAAGUCGAUCACAAAGAAGCGUUUGUCUUGUAUCAAUCCGCGGCGAAGGCGGGCCACGCUGAGUCGGCUUACCGGACUGCGGUCUGCUGCGAACUCGGUCACGAGGAGGGUGGCGGCACGAAACGCGACGUGCUCAAGGCCGUUCAGUGGUACCGGCGUGCCGCGGCCCUGGGCAAUACCCCCGCAAUGUACAAGAUGGGAGUCAUCUUGCUCAAAGGAUUACUUGGACAGCAGAAGAAUCCUCGGGAGGGUCUUACGUGGCUGAAACGGGCUGCCGAACGGGCUGACGAAGAAAACCCGCAUGCUCUGCAUGAGCUGGCCCUGUUGUACGAGAGCACCGACAACAACGAUUUCAUCGUCCGGGACGAGGAAUACUCGAGGCAGCUGUUCAUGCAGGCCGCCGAACUUGGGUACAAGUUCUCGCAAUUCCGACUGGGUGCGGCAUACGAAUACGGUCUUAUGGGCCUCCCUGUCGACGCACGACAGAGCAUCAUCUGGUACACCCGUGCUGCGGCGCAGGGAGAACACCAGAGCGAACUGGCGUUGAGUGGCUGGUACCUGACCGGGGCGGAAGGCAUCCUCCAGCAGAGCGACACUGAGGCCUAUCUCUGGGCGCGAAAAGCCGCUGCAGCGGGUCUACCAAAGGCGGAGUAUGCCAUGGGAUACUUUACAGAAGUGGGCAUUGGCGUUCCGUCGAAUCUGGAAGAUGCGAAGAGGUGGUAUUGGCGGGCAGCUUCUCAAAACUACGCCAAAGCGCGCGAGCGUCUCGAAGAACUCAAGAAAGGCGGCAGCAAAAUGCAAAAGACGCGCUUGUCGCGCUCCGCUGUCAAUAAGCAGAACGAGGGCGACUGCGUCGUCAUGUAA